UUAUAAAAUGGAAAUGCUGAUACCAUAGGAUAAAAGGGUUAUAAUUCCCAUAUUUCAUAAUGCCAUAUUUCAUCCCCUCCCUUGAUAGCUUUUGUAUAUUCUUUAUCCAUCUGGGAGUAUGGACCCAGGGUCAUUAUGGGGUAGAGAAGGUGGAAGGUCUGGCUUCUGUAAUGGCUUCUCCACUGAACAUUGGCAUUGACAGGUCAAUCCAUACUCGCAGCCUGUCUCACUCUUUUCGUAGUGGGGCAGAGCUCUGGGCAAGUUGAACUAUUUUAAAUGUUUAAGUUUAUUUUGGAGGGGGGGCUAGAGUACUGCUCAGGUUUUUAAAAUUUAUUUAAUAUAGGAUUGAGACAGGGAGAAAUGGAUGGGGCAGGGGAGAUCGAAAGGGAGAGAGUAUCCUGCAGCCUUGCUUCACAAUUCAUGAAGCUUUCCUCUUGUAGGUGGGGACAGGGAGCUUGAACUGGGUCUUUGCACACUUUAUAAGUGAACACUUAACCAAGUGUGCCACCACUUGACCCCAGUGUUCUUUUUCUUUCUACACAGCAUUCUAUGUGGGAUGAACAAUUCUUAUGUUGAUUAGUGACAUAGAACUGUUGAAAAUGUUUUAAUUUUUGCAGAUAAAAGUAAUGACAUUAAUCCAGUAUUCCUAUAGAGAAAGAUAUCUGUCCUGGGAUUUCUGAGACCUAACAUAAUUCUGCUGAGUUCCCUGUGCAUUUCAUAACCUUUGUCUAAGAUAUUAUAAAAAUCAGUAAAUCUAUAAAAUGGUAAUAAAUCUGAAUUACUUGGUUUUUUUGAAAAAAUGAAACUUUAUUGUUAUAAUAUACAGGUAUCUGAUAGGGAUUGUGAGCAAUUUUUAAUUCCCAGGACUAAACAUCUUGGAUAAAGAGACUAUAAAUGUCUUUCUGCACAUUUACUGUGGUUGUUUAUGUUACUCUACUGAGUUGGCUCAGUGACCUAUGAAGAUGUAACUGUGAUAUUCACUGAAGAGGAGUGGACACUAUUAAGUCCUUCAGAGAAGAAACUCUACAGAGAUGUGAUGUGUGAAAACUUCAGGAACUUUCUUUCAAUAGAAAAUAUACAAGAACAUUCUACCAAAGAGCAGCAUAACUUACAUGGGAGUAAACAAAGUAAUACAACAGUUAAAAUCUCUGUGGAUGAUAGUCAGAAUGGUAAAAAAUCACAAGGAUAUGAAGUAUACAACAGACUAUUCACUUACUCUAUUCAUCUUCAACAACAUGACAGAAUUCACAGUGGAGAGAAAGCCUAUGGAUGUAAACAGUGUAGUAAAACAUUCAGUUCUUCCAAUAAUCUUUGGUUACAUGAAAGAACUCACAGUGGACAGAAACCCUAUGAAUGUAAACUAUGUAGUAAAACAUUCAAGCGAUCCAGUGAUCUUUGGACACAUUUAAGAACUCACAGUGGAGAGAGACCCUAUGAAUGUAAGCAAUGUAGUAAAAGAUUCAGUAUUUCCAGUAAUCUUCGGAAACAUGAACGAACUCACAGUGGAGAGAAAGCCUAUGGAUGUAAGCAGUGUAGUAAAACAUUCAGUUCUUCCAGCCAUCUUUGGUUACAUGAAAGAAUUCACAGUGGAGAGAAACCCUAUGAAUGUAAACAAUGUAGUAAAACAUUCAAGCGAUCCAGUCAUCUUUGGACACAUAUAAGAACUCACAGUGGAGAGAGACCCUAUGAAUGUAAACAAUGUAGUAAAAGAUUCAGUAAUUCCAGUAAUCUUCGGCAACAUGAACGAACUCACAGUGGAGAGAAAGCCUAUGGAUGUAAACAGUGUAGUAAAACUUUCAGUUCUUCCAGUCAUCUGCAGAGACAUGAAAGAACUCACAGUGGUGAGAAACCCUAUGAAUGUAAACUAUGUAGUAAAACAUUCAGGCAAUCCAGUUUACUUCGGGAACAUGAAAGAAUUCACAGUGGCGAGAAACCCUAUGAAUGUAAACUAUGUAGUAAAACUUUCGGGCGACCUAGUACCCUUCGGGACCAUGAACGAAUUCACAGUGGAGAGAAACCCUAUGAAUGUAAACAGUGUAGUAAAACAUUUAGUUGUUCCAGUUAUCUUCGGAAACAUGAAAGAAUUCACAGUGAUGAAAAACCCUAUGAAUGUAAACUAUGUAGUAAAACAUUUGGGCAAUCCAGUUUACUUCGGGAACAUGAAAGAACUCACAGUGGAGAGAAACCCUAUGAAUGUAAACUAUGUAGUAAAACUUUCGGGCGACCUAGCAGUCUUCGGGAACAUGAACGAACUCACAGUGGAGAGAAACCCUAUGAAUGUAAACAGUGUAGUAAAACAUUUAGUUGCCCCAGUUAUCUUCGGAAACAUGAAAGAAUUCACAGUGGAGAGAAAACCUACGAAUGUAAACUAUGUACUAAAACAUUCCGGCAAUCCAGUCAUCUUCAGGAACAUGAACGAACUCACAGUGGAGAGAAACCCUAUGAAUGUAAACAGUGUCGUAAAACACUCACUUCCAGUUAUCUUCAGAAACAUGAAAUAACUCACAGUGGUGAGAAACCCUAUGAAUGUAAACAAUGUAGUAAAGCAUUCAUGGGUUCUAGUUCUCUUCAGUUAUAUGAAUGAACUCAAGGUGGAGAGAAAGAAACUUCAUGAACGAAAACAAUGUAAUCAAGCAUUCAUUUAAGCCAGUUUUCUUUGGAGACUUGAAAGAUCUCACAGUGGAGAGAAACCCAAUGAUAGUAAACAUCAAAACAUUGAUUCUAGCCUGUCAUCUUUGUCAACAUGAAAUAACUCAAAAUGGAGAGAAAUUUGAUGAAUGUAAGCAGUGUUGAAAACACUCCAUUAUUCUGGUCCUCUUUGUAGACAUGAAAGAAUUCACAGUGAAGCAAAACCCUAUGAAAUUAAGCUUUCAGAUAGUCCGCUAAUUUUCAAACAGAUGAAAAUAUUCACAAUUGAAAUAAGUCUUUUGAGCAUAAGUUGUAUACUAAGUACUAGAGUAGAGAGAGAUACAACCUGAGACAUGAUGCAGAGGCUAGUGGUUCAAUACAAUAGUUCUCAGGUGUGAGCUUCUGCAGUACAUGGAAUAGAGUUAUGUUCUGUUUUGUCUGUCUAUCUUGUGUUAAUAUAUAAGCAAAUGUAUUUAAAUAAUUGUAGGGAUCACAGUUCCAUGAUAUACAAGUGAACCUAUACCUCUGAAUAUUCUGUAAAUGUAAGGAAUAUUAAUAAGUACUUUGAUUCUUUGUCUUAAAUUCUAAUUUAUGAAAAAAUUCACUUUGUAUUGAGAACUUACUGAUGUCAACAAUGAUUAGAUGUGCAGUAGCACAGAGGGUUAAACUCAGGUGGCAUCAAUCCGAAGGACUGCCGUAAAGAUUCUAGUUCGAGCCCUGAGCUCUCCAUCUGCAGGGGAGUCGCUUCACAAGUGGUGAAGGUCUUCAGUUCUAUCUCUUCCCCCCAUCUGUCUUCCCCUCCUCUCUCCAUUUCUCUCUGUCCUAUUUAACAAUUAUGAUAUCAGUAAGAACACUAAUAAUUACAACAACAAUAAAAACAUUUUUUAAAAAUACAACCUUUUAUAAAAAAAAAAAAAAGAAUUCUUAUCAGAAUGACUUUACAGACCUAGUAAGGAACUUGUAUUGGUGAGACCAAUGAAUGUAAAUCAGUGGAAUAACAAUGGAUGCUACAAUAUGUAAUUAUUCAUUUUUUAUUUGCAUAAAUUGUAUCUGUCUAGUUGAAAAGUAAUUUUGAUUAUCAAGUUGCAAGUUGUGAAAUAGUGCUGCAGAUGUCUUGCCCCCUCUACCAGGUUGACAUUCCACGCCUGACGUCUCUGGACACUGUCUGAAGUGAAACAUGCUGAGGUGAUACUUUUUGUAAAUCAGUGGAAUAACAAUGGAUGCUAUAAUAUGUAAAUCUUUAUUCAUUUUUUAUUUGCAUAAAUUAUCUGUCUAGUUGAAAAGUAAAUUUUCUCUCUAAAUUUCUCUUUUUAUACUUUGUAUUUAAAAUACUGUAUUUUAUUUGAUAAGACAGAGAAAUUGGGAGGUGGUAGUAAGGGAAAGAGAGCCACCUUCCAGAGGACUGCCUCCCCGUUUGUGAAAGCUUUUGCCCUGCAUGUGGAUACUGGGGGCUUUUUACCCUUGUCCUUGUUCAUGGUAUUUAAUUUUGAUUAUCAAGUUGCAAAUUGUGAAACAGUGCUGCAUAUGUCUUGCCCCUUCUACUGGGUUGACAUUCCACGCCUGAUGUCUCAACACUGUCUGAAGUGAAACAUGCUAAGGUGGUACUUGUUGCUUUGUUUGAUUGUGAUCAGCACAUGCUGUGUCAGUUAGUAUGAACUGAGAGAAGUAUGCAAGAAAGUGAGCCCCACUCUAGAGGUUCCAGGACUAGGGGAAAUAGAGGCUCUAUACAGGAAGCAGGAGGUUCCUGCUGUCUUAGGGUUUAAGAAGGUUUAAGAAGAUAGUUGUUGCUAUAAUCAAAUUAUUUGUCAAUUGAGUUAACUUUGAAGAUCCCUUUGUUAGGAUUUGCUGUAUCCUACACAACAUCACCACAAUUUAUGCCUUUGACAUUAUUUGUAUAUAGCUGUGUCUUAUAGAGUAGUGCCACCGGUUGCUUCUGUUCUCCCUGGACUAAGCUUUUAGGAGAGUCAACAUUUCAAAGACUUGGCCUGUGGUCUGUGCAUUAAAAAGUUUGAGAGAAGGAGUCAGGCUGUAGUGCAGCAGGAUAAGCACAGGUGGCACAAAGUGCAAGGACAGGCGUCAGGAUCCCAGUUUGAGCCCCCCGGCUCCCUACCUGCAGGGGAGUUGCUUUACAAGCAGUGAAGCAGGUCUGCAGGUGUCUUAUCUUUCUCUCCCCCUCUCUGUUCCCCUCCUCUCUCCAUUUCUAUCUGACCUAUCCAGCAAUGAUGACAACAAUAAAGGGCAACAAAAGUGAAUAAAUAAAUAAAUAUUAAAAACACUUAAAAAUAUUUGAGACAUUUAAUCAUUUUUCCCCUCUCAUAUUAAUUAAAUAGUAAUUUAUAUGAUUACAAGUUAAUAGGAGUGUACAUAAACAGCCCAUUUCCACACCAAACCGGAAGACAGACCAAAUAUUCUACCAGAGUGCUUACUGGAAACUGGGUGGAAGAGAGGAGGAGGUAGAGGAGGGGCACAGUGGGUUCACCCAGAGGAUUGGCAGGGAGAGGCAGAUGUGAGGUCCUCACAACUUUCAAAUGAAGGGUCCCACAUGCAGCGUCUUAAGCUAUGGCACUGGUGCUCUUCAGAGAUUCUUGAAAUCUAAGCAGAGAUCAAAGUGUCCACUAUGAUUUGGAAACAAUUCCUGUGUUGCCAGUACACUUGGACUUGCUGGAUUAUUUUCCAUGGGAGGUUUCUAAGCAUCUGGUGGCCUGUCCCCAAUUCCUCUGCACCUUGAUUAGAAGCAUGACGGGGCAGGAGUUUUCAAACCUGGUUGAGAGCACAGGUUACAGUGUACAAGAACCUACGUUCCAGCCCCCAACCCCCACCUGCAUGGGGGAAGCUUCACAAAUGUUGCAGGUGCCUGUCUCCCCCUUCUCACUCAAUUUCUCUCUGAAUCCAAUAAAUGGUAAAAACAAAUGCAGGAAAAAAUGUCUAUUCAACCUGGCCUGGCCAUCAGCAUGUGGAACAGAAUAUGCCAGGCCUAAUCUCCAAUCUGGACUGCAGGGUUGUAUGUUGACCUUGGGCCACCUGCUUCACAGCUUGGCCCUGCCUGUGCAUUUCAAUUUUUCACUUUUGAAAUAGAGAAUACUCUGCCUAGCCCCUGUGUGUUAAAGGCCUCACGUGAAUGGACCAGCUUGGAAGUAACUUCAUUUGUGUCAGCAAAACUGAGCCACUUAGAAGUUGGCAGACAUGCACUGACAUACCCAUGCCUUCUGUGGAAACAGACAAGGAAAAGAGCAAGCUAGAGUUGGCAGCUUUGCUUUAAGCAUCAGGACCUUGAUGGUAUCUCCUAAGAACCAGAAAAAGCUGUUUUUAAAUAACAUAUCUCCUUAUUUGAGACAAAUCAAGAAAGGAGACCAGAGAGAGAGACCUGCCUGCAACACUGCUUCACGACUUGCAAAGCUUUCUCCCUGCAGGUGGGAACCGAGCUUCUCCUACAUUGUAAUAUGUGCUUUCAACCAGAUGCGCCAGCACCCAGCCCCUGUAAAGACUGUUUUUAUGGAGAAUGUGAUCAUGUAAAAACUGAGCAGAUAUGGAUUGUGGUCAUUAUGAACUCUGAUUCUACUUGACCUUGUUUGGGAAGCAAGUAAGAUUUCUAAAAGAAGAUCCUGAUGGGGCAAAGCAUUCAGGCUGCUGUGAUGAGGCAUUAUCCAGGGAUAUUAUUGUGUGUUCUCUCACCCAGAAGAGAAUGCAUUAAAGUAGGUGUAGUUGAAGUUAAGUUAGAAAAGAUGGCUGUAGGGUUUAGAAGAUCUCAAUGAUUUGUGAACUAGAGUUUCAUUCUUGAGACCCUAAAGUCCCAGGUUAAAUUCCCAGCACCACCAUAUGCUAGAGUUUAGCAGACCACCAAUGACAAAAAUAACAACAUAGAAAGAAAACAAAAGAUGAGAGAGUAAAAGAUAGUAGGACCAAGAAGCUCCAUAGGAAUUUAAGAAAACAAACAUAGUUGAGGCAAAAUAUCUUUACAGGUAUUGUGUAAAGCAGAAGUUCACAGGAGCCCAUUGAAUACCCUUUUGAGAAAAAGUCCCAUUCCAACUGGUACUAAAUUCGUUGUCUAAAUUCAUUUUCUUUUGUCCUUCCCCCAUUCUUCCCCAAGCAGUGACCCAGAUUGCAGUUCCCUCAUUUGAAGCCCAGGGGAGUGAGGCACAACAGGGGAGGGGGAGACAGAGAGGGAGAGAGAUUACUGAAGCCCUGCUUCAACACUCACAAAGCUUUCUCCCUGCAGGUAGGGACUAAGGUCUUGAACCCAGGCUUUUGUGCACUGUAAUAUGUGCUCUCCACCAGGUGCACCACCACCCAGUCCUCUCAUGCUAUUUUCUUCUCUCAACUUCUGUUUCUCUUAUCAAAUACAAAGACAGGGAGGAUGGUCUGGGAGGUGGCACAGUGGAUAAGACUUUGGGCUCUCAAGCAUGAGGUCCUGAGUUCAAUCCCCAGGAGUACAUGUGCCAGAGUGACAUCUGGUUCUUUCCUAUCAUUUCUCAUGAAUAAAAUCUAAAACAAACAAAAAAAAAAUUGGGGGGGGAAGGAAAGUGAAAAAAAAAUGGCUAUCAGGAGUGGGGAUUAAUCAUGUAGGUACCAAGCCUCAGAUAUAACCCUGGUGGCAAGGAAGGAAGGAGGGAGGAAAGAAGGAGGAAUGAAAGAAAAGGGGGAAAAGAAAGGAAGGGAAAAUAUAGGGAGGGGAGGGGAGAGAAGGAAGAAAUGACAAGAAAGAGAAGGGGCAAGGAGAGAAGGAAGGAUGAGAGAAAUGUUGGGUUUCAUCAGCGUGUAGAUGACAGAUAGGAGGUGUGUUAUGUUGUCUGACUUACUUCACUUUGUAGACUGUUUGAAAUAUUCACUGUAGCUUCCCCUCCCACAGACAGUGUAUAAAAUCUCUCCACCAGGACCCAGGCCUCGAGCAGUUCUCUCAGAGCAUUCUAAGGGCUGUUGUAUGUUUGUCUUUGUUUCUAGUAAUUAAAUGAUGAACAAGAUUGUAAAAUCAUUGGGGUACAAUUCCCGACAGUUCCCACCACCAGAGUUCCCUGUCCCAUCCCCUCCAUUGGAAGCUUUCCUAUUUUUUAUCCUUUUAGGAGUACGGAUCAAAGAUCUUUAUUGGGUGCAGAAGGUGGGAGUUCUGGCUUCUGCAAUUGCUUUUCCACUGGACAUGGGUGUUAACAGCUGGAUCCACACCCUUAGCCUGUUUCUCUUUCUGUAGUGGGGCAGGGAUCUGGGGAAAUGAGGUUCUGGGACAUAUUGUUGAGGUCACCUGCCCAGGGAAGUCAGGAUGGCUUCAUGGUAGCAUCUGUAACUUGGUGCUAAAGGUGAUAAGAUAUAAAGCAGGACUAAAUUGAUUAAUAAACAGGAACUCAGGAGUAGAGCAGAUGAAAUUGGGACACAGGUCACACAGCCUCCUGUGCUAAAUAUGAAUAGACAUGGGUCAGAUCAAUGGGGUUUCUAGUUAAUGGUAUUUAUAUAUUUUCCUCAUAUUUGGGAUCUACUCUCUGCCUUAAUCCAGCUUUCUAUUCCUAUUCUCAGCUCUAACACCAUUGUCCCAGACAAUAUUUUUAGUUAACCUGCAUAUUAGCGGGCUCAUGAAAAAAUUGCUAAAGUCAUGGACCUCUGGGAACCUGAAAUAGACUCCUACCUUCUUCCCACUCAAAGACACCAAGUUUCAUUUGAGGGUAGUUCCUGGGUUCAAGGUACUUUUAGGCUUGACUGUUCUGUCUGAUCCUUUAAUAAACUUGCCUAAAUUCUUA